AACAAACUUCUAGAUUCAUUUGCUUUAAAUUUAGUUAAAAGUAUAGAGAAUCAGGUUUUAGUAUUAAUAGAAUUAGAUGACACAAUAAUUGAAGUAAACAAAAAUCCAAGUCAUAAUAAUGAAGUCUUGAAAGUAAAAUAUGAAGAACUCUAUUCUUUUUCUCGUAAUAAAUCAAAUGAUAAUAAAGAAAAUAAUAAGGCAGAUAAUAAAGAAGAUGAAGAAAGAGUUGAAGAUAGUGAAGAAGGAAAUAAUGAAAGUAAUAAAGAUAGUAAAGAAAUUAAAAAUUAUAAAAAAGCUAAUAAAGCAAGUGAUGAAGAUAGAGAAGAAAAAAGUAAUGAUGAUGAUGAUGAUAAGAAAGAUAAUAAAGAAGAUAAUAAUAGAGAUAUUAAAUAA